GACUUGUCAACUAUAUGAGACUCAAGCCACAGUAACUAUAGGACUGCAAACAUGGCUCCGGCCCCAGCGAAGGGGUCCGGGCCAGGUCCCGCUGAGCCUCUGGAUCCGACCCCGACUCUGAACAAUUUUAUGCGGACAACGUUGGGAAAGGCAGAGGGCGGGACGUACGCGGACCAGCUGCAGGCGCUGACUGCUAUCAAAACCUACGAUGAAAAGCAAGCGGACGUGGUUCUGCGUUUGCUCUCUCGCCUGCUCCAAUAUGGCCAUCUCAACAUCGCGAGCGUGCAGCUGGCGCUUCAGGUGCUGCCGGUGGAGAUUGCGCGCGACGAGCGGUCGCUCAUGCGCAUUGUGCGGUACCUGGUGCACCUGGGGCUCGGCGAUGGCGCAGCGGGCACGCCGCUGCCUGUGCCCCCGCAAGCAGCCGGCUCCACGCUGGCCAAGGCGGUGGACCGGCUGGGCCUGGAGGUGCUGGUGGCGGCCUGGUCCGACCUGGGCCAGGAGCGAGCCUCCUUCGGCCGCAAGAGCGCCGCGCUGCGGGCGCUGGCGGGAGUCACGCGCGCCUCGCUCACAAGCAGGCCGGAGGACGGCACGUACGUGCAGGGGCUGUACGAGACACUGCGCGGGCUGCUGGACAAGAUGGACUCGCUGCGGGCGGGCCGGCGGGGGCUGGCGCACUUCAUCAGCCAGGCGCAGGGCAACAAGAAGAAAAACGCCAUUGCCGACAUACGGCAGCGCGCGGAGAUGUGGGGCCUCAUGCGCUGCGCCUUCGCGGCGGCGCGUGUGGCGCUGCCCCGCAGUGGGCUGUACAAAGUGGCGCAGCGCAGCCUGUCGGCCCUGGGCUCCAGCGACCCGGUGUGUGCCCGGCACGCGCUGGCACUGGCCUCGCUGGUGGCGCGCGACCCGCAGGGCGCCGGCAGCUUCAUCGCCGCGGUGGAGCCGCUGCUGAGGAACAACGUGGAGGCAGCCAAGCGCACGGGCGCGCUGCACCUGGGCAUCAUGCCGGUCAAGCGCGGCGGCGGCGAGGGCGGCGACGCGGCGGCCGACACCGAGUCGCACCUCAACCUGCGAGACACCUGGGCGCGAGUGUACCUGGCCCGGGCCUGCGCCGCAGUCAUACAGAGCGGCCACAUCGCGGGCGACGUGUCGGGUCGCGGCGCCGUGUUCUGGCAGGCGCUGCUGCUGCUGGCGGUGGCCGACCCCGCCGAGCGCGUCAGCCUGGAGGCCAUUCGCGCGCUGUUCGGGGCGCCCUACCCGCGCGCCACCUCGGCAGCGGCCAUGAGGCAGCCGGGCGCAGGCACGCGGCUGCCCGGCGCGCCCGGCUCCUCGCCCGCCGAGCUGGAGGCGGAGACCACCCAGCCCAAGAUCGCCGGCGCCUCCUGGCACCUGGUCAUGACGCAGGCGCUGGAGCAGCCGCCCGGACUGCCCGAGCCCGCGGCGGCGGCAGCGGCGGCGGCGGCAGGAGCAGGCGGCGCGCCGGCAGCAGCAGCAGCAGUAGCGGCCGCUGCCGCCGCAGGGGGUGACGCCGCGGCGCGCAACGGCGCGGCGGCGGGCGGGCCGGUGGGCGGGUCGGGUGUGCGGGCGGAGGACACGUGUGUGUUUGGCCGCAUCGCGCGGCGGCUGAUGCGCUUCCUGCAGAGCCGCAGCCACAGCCUGGUGUGCGGCGCGGCGCGGGCGGUGGCGGUGAUGGCGGAGGCGCGGGCCUGGUUCCACGCGCUCAGCGGAGGACACGGACACGAGGCGGAGCCGGAGGUGGUGCGGCGCUGGGUCCGCGGCCUGAACGGCUUCCUGCUGGCGCUGGCCUUCGACGACAGCGUCAGCGGCUGCGAGCGGGCGGCGGCGCUGGAGGCGCUGGUGUGGAGCCAGGGGCUGGACCAGCCGCCCAACCUGUCGCCGGGCCUGCUGCUGCGCGCCGCCGGGCACGGCGGGCUGGGCGCGCCGCCGGUGGCCCGCUACACCUUCGCCGACCCCUGGCCCGAGCCGCUGUGCAGCGAGGUGCUGGCGGCGCUGGCGAGGCGCCUGCGCUGUUCAACAGGCCUCCCGCCGGAGCUGGUGCUGGAGCUGGCGGGCGGGCUGGCGGCGGGCAGCCCCGCGGGCGUGCCGCGGGAGGCGCUGGCCAGCCUGUGGGACAUGGCGCCCGGGCCUCUGGCUGUGCGCGCGGCGCUGCAGCUGCUGGGGUCGCCGCUGCCGCCGCUGUGCUGCCCGCCCGCCGCCGCGGCCGUGGAGGUCAAGGCGCUGGCGUGCGCGGCGGAGGCGGCAUUCAACGGACUUAAGGCCAUGGCCGCCACGUGGCUGGGCGAGCACGUGAACAGUGUGGCGGGCGAGUACGCCUGGAAGAGCUGGGAGCACAAGCUGGGCCUGGCGGCGGCGGGCGACCCGGACGGCCUCACGCUGGCGCAGUCCGAGAGCUACGUGGCAGCAGCAGCAGGAGGAGGUGGAGGUGGGGGCCUGGGGGGAGGAGGCGCCAGCGGUGUGGCGGCGUCGGCGGACCUGGGCCGGCGGCUGGCGGGCGCGUCGCUGGAUGGCGGCGGCGGCGCGGGGGCAGGGGGCGGCGGCGGCGCGGCUGCUGCUGCUGACGAGGCUGUGUCUCGGCUGGCGCUGGCGGGCGUGGCGCACAACCCGCUGCUGUCGCUGGCGGCGUCGCACCUGCACCGGGCCGUCAUGACAGGCGGCCCGGUGGUGCGGGUGGCCGCGGCCCAGGCCCUGGCCAAGGUGGCGGUGCGCAGCGGCGAGCCCUACCGCAUCCAGGCCUACAGCCUGCUGGCGGCGGCGGCGGGCUGCGGUGGCGGCCCGGCGGCGGCGGCGGGCGGCGGCGGGCUGGCGGCGGACCGCGGCGGCCCCGACCCGCUGGGCCUGGCGCCGGUGGUGGGGCCGGCGCUGGAGGUGCUGGACGCCAUGUAUGCGGGCGAGCUGGUGCUGGAGCGGCACGUGGGCCAGUACGGCGCCCGCGCCCGCGGCUGGCCCGCACCCGCGCUGGAGGCGCUGCGGCGGCGGCACGAGUGGCUGCUGGGCGCCAUCGCCGCCGCCGUGUGCGCCGUGCCGCGGGAGCUGUUCCUGCCGCUGGGGCCGCGCAGCAGGCGGCUGCUCUACCCCAACGAGAAGGAGGAGGCGGAGGAGGACGCCCGCGCCGCCGCGGCGGCCGCGCCGCAGCAGCCGGCGGCGGCGGAGGGCGACCAGCAGUACUACUACGAUGAGUACGGCAACGCCAUCCCGUACGACCAGUACCAGUACGACUACAGUACGGCGGAGCAGUACGACUACGGCGACUACUACCAGCAGCAGCAGCAGCAGGCGGCGGAGGCGGACCCGUACGCGCAGCAGCAGGACGCCUGGGCCAGGUACGAGACGUCCGGCGGCAAGGCGGCUGCGGCUGUGGAGCUGCACUGGGGCGACGGCGGCGGCGAGGCCGGCAGCGGCGGCGGCUCCUACGGCUCGGGCGGCGACGGCUACGGCGGGGACGCCGCCGCCGCGGAGUCGCGGCCGGGUGUGGUGCUGUACUCGUUCGCGGCGGAGAACGAGGACGAGGUGUCUGUGUCUGCGGGCGACCACGUGCGGGUGCUGGCGGACCUGGGCGAGUGGUUCCAGGUGGCGGCGCCCGGAGGCGGGGCCGUGGGGCUGGUGCCCGCCUCCUACGUGCAGCUGCAGGACGGCGGCGGCUACGGCGGCGGCGGGCUGAUGAGCUCGGCCAGCCGGCGGCACAGCAUCGCCGACGGCAUGGGGGGAGGUGGCGGGCGGCAGGCGGCGGACAGCGCGGCGCUCAGCCCCUCCUCGUCCUUCGCAGGCCGCACCUCCGCCUCCGGCACGGCCGCCGCGCACGGCGCCGACUCGGCCCACGGCGCCGCCGCCGCCCACGGCACGGGCGACUACGGCGCCUACGCCUACCAGUACGACAACCCAGAGUACGACGCCAGCGGUACAGCCGGCGGCUACUACGGCGACUAUGGCGCCGGCGGCGGGCAGUACGGCGCCUAUGACGCGUACGGCGGCGGCGGUGGUGCUGGUGGCGGCGCGUACGGCGGCAGCAGGGGCAUGUACGGCGACGACGGCGAGGCGGCGGAGCGCGGCGGCAAGAAGAAGGGCGGCUUCGGAGGCUUUGACGACUUUGGCGCGGUGCUGGCGGAGGCCAAGACCGCAGUGGCCCGCGCGCAGCAGGCGCCGCCGCCCGCCGCCGCCGCCUCGCCGCCGCCGCCCGCCGCCGGAGGCGCCUCCUCCUCCGCCCUCGGCGCCACGCCGGAAAGCUUCGUCGCCGCCUCCAACGCCUACGGGGCCGCGGCCGACGCCAGCGACGGCGGCGCUGCCACGCCCGGCGGCGGCUUCGGCAGCGGCCUUGGCUUUGGCGGUGAGGAGGACAACCCCUGGGCCUCAGCCGCAGCCGCGCCGGCGGCGUAUGAGGCCCAGCCGGAGGCGCCCGCCGCCGCCGCCGAUGCGUACGGCGGCGCAGCCGACGAGUCGUUGGCGGCGGCGGCGGUUGGCGGCGGCGGCCCGGCGGUUGCCGUGUACGAGUUCGUUGCUGAGAUGGAGGGGGAGCUGAGUGUGGCUGCAGGGGAGGCGUUGGAGCUGCUGAGUGACGAGGUGGACGGCUGGUACACGGCACGUGUGGCGGGUGACCCCAGCCGGGCCGGACUCAUCCCCGCCUCCUACGUGCAGCGGCAGUAGGGGUGGGGUGGAGGAGGGGGAGAGGUGGUGGCGGCGGACUGUGGAGCAGGCGCUGCUGGGCUGCAGGAGGGUUCGGGGGCGCAUGGACCCGUGGGGCGUGGCAGCCAAUGCUGGGCUGCCUGGUCGUGAUUAAAUCAGUACAGGGUGCUGAGUCAUGUGUAGUCAUGUGAUAUGUCACGCGUAGUUCAAAGACUGACGCUGGUGCAUGCAAACGCAUUGUGAGCGCUGGACUCUGAGAAGACAUCGCUGCGUGCGGUUAAAGGAAGCGCAACAGGGACGCGGCCCGCUGGGUCCCAGCAAACUCCCAAACAAGCGCGUCUGUAACCUGAACCAAGUAGUGGGCCGAGUGUAGUGUAAACUGAACUAGUC